UUGCCGAUGGAUGAACUGGUGCAUGACUUGGCCUCAGCCUUAGAGCAGACUUCAGAGCAAAACAAGCUGGAUGAGCUAUGGGAAGAGAUGGCCCUAAGCCCACGGCAGCAGCGGCGUCAGCUUCGCAAGAGACGGGGUCGUAAACGACGCUCAGACUUUACGCAUCAGGCAGACCAUGCCUGCUGCUACAGUGAGGCCUCGGAGUCCAGCUUGGAUGAAGCUGUCAAGGAUUGCCGUGAGGUGCUGACAGCCAAUUUCAGUGACUCUGAUGACAUGGCAAUGGUCAAACGACACCCAGCUCUCAGUGCUACCCUGAGGAGCAAGCAACACUCGUGGCAUGAGUCAGACUCCUUUACAGAGAAUGCACCCUGUCGACCUCUCAGGCGCCGACGGAAAGUCAAACGUGUGACAUCAGAGGUGGCUGCCAGUCUCCAGCAAAAGCUUAGGGUGUCAGAGUGGAACUACGAGAGGGGCUGCAGGUUCAAGUCAGCCAAGAAACAGCGUCUUUCACGCUGGAAAGAAAAUGCCCCUUGGACAUCAUCCAGUCAUGGCCUUUGUGAAUCAGGAGAGAACAGGGCCUUCCUCAGCAAAGGGGGAAGGAAGGAGCGGAUGGAGUGUGAAGCUGAUGAACAGAAACAGGGCUCAGAUGAAAACAUGUCGGAAUGUGAAACCAGCAGUGUAUGCAGCAGCAGUGAUACUGGCCUGUUUACCAAUGAUGAGGGCCGCCAAGGAGAUGAUGAGCAAAGUGAUUGGUUUUAUGAAGGAGAGUGUGUUCCAGGAUUCACUGUCCCCAACCUUCUUCCCAAGUGGGGAGCUGACCACCGAUCUGAAAUGGAGCGGAUUGACUCAGGCCGGGACAAGCUCUCAGAUUCCACGUUCCUUUUGCCCUCACGGCCAGCUCAGAGAGGAUUUCAUGCUCGCCUGAAUCGCCUUCCAGGAGCUGCUGCCCGUUGUCUCCGAAAAGGUCGGAGGAAGCUUGUUGGCAAGGAGACCUCCAUGAGCAGCACUCUGGGCACCGAGAGGCUAGGUCGUAUUGUUAGUGAUCCACGCCAGAAAGAAAAGAACAAAGUGCCGAUUUCUGAUUUCCCACACGCUGUGGUCUGUGCCUGUAAG